AUGGCCCACCCCGCUGGUGAGACCGUCACAAUCUCCAUCCGUCGUCCGAUUGAUGACCCCAUCUUCGUGGCCGGCACCUUCUCCGAGCCGCAUUGGGAACCCGUCGAGUGCAACUCUAAGGCGGUAGAGACCGAACCGGAUGACGAGGGAUUGACAUCGACGGAAUUCCUUUUUUACCACGACGUGAAGCUAUCACCUGGUCAAUAUCAAUAUAGAUUCCGCGAGGGCGCUACCGGCCCGUGGUUCCACGACGAGGCUGUCAAACAUGCCGCAGGGGAGGGAGGCCUGGUGAACAACUUUCUCACCGUCGAAUCGAUUGUUGCCGCCGCUGCAGAGGCCGAGGAAGCCGCCCCGAAAGAGAACGAUGCUAACGGCGUCGCUGAACACGUCGUCGAGGAAAACCUGCCCGAGUCCGUUCCCGAGCUGGAUGACAAGAAGGAUGCUAAAGCUGAGGAGCCUGCCACCAAUGGCAUCGCCACACCUGAGGUCAACGGAACAGAACCCGUUGAGCAGAGCUCCGAGACGAAGCAGGAGGGCGUGACGACGGAGGAGACACCUGCUGAAAGCCAGCCCGCAACGAAGGAAGCCGAAGAGGUUCCGGCUGCUCCCGCUGUCACCGAGGAAGUGAAGGUCGAGGCUGCUGAGAAGGUCGAACCCCAGGAGCAACCCGAAACUUCCGUGGAAAGCCCUGCUGUGGCGGAAACCGAAAAGGUGACCGAAGAGCCUGCGCAAGAAGAGGUUUCGGAGCAGGUCACGUCGAAGCCGGAAGAGACCGUCCUUGAGAGCGCACCCGUGGAAGCUGUCCCUGAAGUGACUCCUGCGACAGAAUCGGUCGCGGAAAAGCCCGAGGUCUCUGACGAAAAGCCCGCCGUGGAGGAUACUGUCAUCGAAGCCGCCCCCAAGGAUACCGCUGCGGCGGAACCAGCUGUCGAAGAACCGGCCGUCGACACUCCCGCCGCCGAGGAACCCACACAGGAGGUCGCUAAGGAAGAGUCCGUGUCGGAGGAACAUGCCGAGGCGCCCGCCGCCGAGACAACUACUGCACCUAGCGCCGAGGAGCCCGUCAAGGAGUCGACCGAGGAAAUCACCACGGCUACUGAGACCGCCGCAGAUGCUGCCCCUGAAGAGCCCGCCAAGGAGUCGGUCACGGAGGAAGCAGUGGAGGAGCCUAAGGAAGCGCCCGGCACUGAGGUGUCGGCUGCUGAGCCUGCAACCGAGGAGCCCGCACAGGAAGUGCUCAAGGAGGAAGCCAAGGCUGAGGAGUCCACCGAGGUGCCUCCUGCUGCCGAGCCCGCCGUUGAAGAAGCCUCGAAGGAAGUGAGCGAGGAGGCGACUACGGAGACCUCAGCCGCCGCGCCUGUUGUCGAAGAAUCUACGGCUGAGCCUAGCACGGAGGUGGUUCAAGAACCCACUGUCGAAGAGACCCACGCGGAAUCUACACUUGCCGAAGAGCCGACCAAGGAUGCUGUCGCCGACGAGGCCGCUAAGGAACAGCCCGCUGUCGAGGAACCGGCCGCCACUCAAGCCACCGAAGCUCAUGUCGAAGAGUCCGUUCCCGUGAACACUGCAUCUGCUGAAGCCGCAGAAGUGGUUACCGCUGAGGCAGUCAGUGAGACUCCAGUUGUGGAAAACUCCACUGAGCUUCCCGCCGAGGAAGUUCCCACCGAGGCUGUUGCAGAGAAGGUGGAGGAGCCUAGCACGGAAGAGCCAGCGACCGAGGAGAAGACUUCCGAACCCGCAGUGGAGCACGCUGUAGAGGAGACUGUUAAGGAUGCUCCUGCUGAGACUUUGCCCACAGACGAGCCCGCCCUGAAGGAGACCCCUGCCGAAGAGCCCGUUACGGAGAAGCCGGUGGAGGAACCAACUGAACAGGUUACGGAAGCUACAGAGGAAGCCACCAAGGAAGAGCCUGUCGAACCUACCUCUGAGCCUGUCGCCGCUGAACCGACCGUCGAGGCUGCAGCAGAGCAUGUUGAGGAGGCUCCUAAGGAGGCUGCCGCGGAGGAGCCAGUGACUGAAACCGUCGCGGAGGAGCCAGCCACCGAGACUUCCGCCACAGAAGUUGUCGAGGAAGCCGCCAAGGUUGAAUCGGCUGCGGAGGAGCCAGUGGUUGAGCAGCCUACCCUCGAGGAACCAGCCGUUGAGACUCCCGCUCCAGAGGCUGCCGAGGAAUCAUCUCCCAAGGAAACCGCUGCGGAGGAGGCCGUCGCGGAGGCCGUUGCGGAAGAAUCCGCUGCUGAGGCUGUUACGGCGGAGACCGCCAAGGAGACCAUUCUGGAGCCUGCUGUUGAGGAACCGGCUGUGGAGACUUCAGUGGAGGAAGAGGCUAAGGAGCCUGUCCAGGAAACCGCAGCCGAGGAACAGGUUCCUGAGGUGCCUGCAGCUGAAGAGCCCACUGCGGAAGUUAUCGCUACGGAGGCUGUUGAGGAACCUGCCCAGAAGCCUGUUGUCGAAGAGCCUGUCUCCGAGACUCCGGCCACGGAAGCUGUUGAAGCUGCCGUUGAGGAGCCAGCUGCCGAGGAACCGGUGGCUGAAGAGACGGUUGAGCACAAGGAAACUGUGGAGGAAGCCGCCGCAGCCCCGGAGGCCGCUCAAGAAGAAACUGUUGCCGCAGAACCCGAAGUCAAGGAGACUGCUGAGGAUCCCGCUGAAGAGGUCAAGGAAGUUGCUACUGAGGAAGUCAAGCCGGCUGCUGAAGAGCCGACCCCAGUGCCGAUUGAAGCUCCGGUUGAAGAGCCUGCCAAGGAGGAGCCUGUCCCUGAGUCUAAGCCGGAAGAAUCUCUUCCUGAGGAGACUCCUAAGGAAUUGGCUGCGGAGGAGCCCGCUGAAGAGCCUAAUGCUGACGAGUCGGACGAGUCGUCCAACCUGGCGGAGUCUACCAUCGCUACUACUGCUGGAGAUGAGAUUAUCUUCGAGACUCAGUCGACUAAGGAAGGCGAUCUGACCGGCGAGGACGCUAUUGAGGAGGCUGCCCUCGAGGAGCCCAUUGUCCAGGAACCUGUUGUCGAAGAGCCAGCUGUUGAAGAGCCUGCUGUCGAAGAGCCUGUCGUCCAGGAGUCCAUCGUCGAGGAGCCCGCUGUUAAGGAGGUUGCCAUCGAAGAGCCUGUGGCUGUCGUCGAAGCGCCUGCCAUCCAGGAGCCCGUUGCUGAGGAGCCUGUCGCCGAAGAGCCCGUUAUUGAGAAGCCUGCUGUCGAAGAGCCCGUCGUCAAGGAGGCUGUCGUCGAAGAGCCCGUUGUUGAGAAGCCUGCUGUCGAAGAACCUGCUGUUGAAGAGCCUGCUGUCGAAGAGCCCUCCGUUAAGGAAAUUGCCGUCGAGGAGCCCGCCAUCGAGGAGGCUGUCGCCGAAGAGCCCGCCGUUAAGGAGCCUGUCGUUGAAGAGCCUGCCGUCCAGGAGCCUGUUGUUGAGGAGCCUGCUGCCAAGGAGCCCGUUGCUGAGGAGCCCGCCAUCGAGGAGGUUGUCGCCGAAGAGCCCGCCGUCGAGAAGCCUACUGUUGAAGAGCCUGCUGUCGAAGAGGCUGUCGCUGAAGAGGCUGCCAUUGAGACCGUUGCCGAAGAGCCUGAGGCUGAAAAGCCGGCUGAGAAGGAGAUCGUCGAAGAGCCCGAAGCGAAGGAAACCGUUGAAGAAGCCAAGGUUGAACAGCCGGCCGAAGUUUCCCAGGAAGCUGUCGUAACCGAGUCCCUCCCAGAGCCUUCCGACAAGGAGGCCGCUGUUGAGGCUCCUGUUGAAGCUCCUGUUGCGGAGGUCGUCGAGAAGGUGGUGGAACCGGUUGCUGAGGAACCAGUUGUUGAAGUGGCUGCCGUCGAGACUGCCGAGGAUUCGACUGCAAAGGAGGUGACUGUCCCUGAGCCUGCCACUGUCGAGGCCACCGAAGAGCCACAGGAGCAGAAGGCUACUGAGGUCGUCGCACCCGUUGAGGAGCAAGUCACAGAGACCGCGGAAGUGGCCAAGGAGGUGCCGGCUGAGGUUGAAGCUGUUGUCGAAGAGCACGCACCCGCUGAGCCGGCUGCUCCCGAGCCCGUUGCUGAGGCCGUUGCUGAGGCUGCUGAUGAAGCGAAGGAGGCUACCCAGACUGAAGAACCUGCCAGCGAAUCGGCACCGGUCGAGUCCGAGGCGCCCAAGGAAGUGCAGCCUGUGCCUGCUGCCGCAGUUGAAUCUCCUGCUGAGGACAGCACUGCUGAGCCAGCACGCGAAGAGGCUAUUCCGGAGAUUGCCAAGGAGGUUACUCCCGAGGAGUUCGAGGAUAGCAUCUUGACCCCCGAGGUUCUCGGUGCCGGUGUUGCUGCAGUUGCCGCAGGUGCUGCCGUUACCGCUGGAGUGAUGGCGGCCUCUCACAAGCAUUCAGAAGCCGCUCCUGAGCCCGAGCACAAGCAGGUCCAGGACCAGCCCGACAACAAGGACAAGGCACCCGUCGACGCGAAGCCUACCGAACGUAAGGGACUGCCAAGAGCGCCAGAAAAUACUGAAUAUGAAGCUGACUCUCUUCUAGCAGUCGCCGAGGCAUCUGGAUCUAGCAAGCAGCCGCAAGUCGAGGACGAUACCGAGGCCAACCACACCAAGGCCAACGAGCCCGCCGCGCCUUCCGAUGCCACCAAGGCCGUGGCCGCCAAGGGCGACGAGGAUCCUCGCGCCCAGAGUCAAAACCGGUCAGUCACAGCUGUUUCUCUGAACCGUAAGCAUGACAGCUGGUUUAAGACCAUCCUCCGGGCUGUGUUCACCAAUUUCUUUGGCGCCAUCUUCUCGCCGUUCCGCCGCCGCGGAAGGAACAACCAGUAG